CCGGCCGCGUUGAGCCCAUCGUCAGAUUGGUUGGGCGAGACAUGAGCGGAGGUACGGUCGCGCCGUGAUUGGUCGACCCGGCGACGUCGGGCGCGGCUCUCACGGCUAGUGGUGGGGCAUAUUUGAACAAGAGCCGCCGACUCAAGAGUAGCGGAGUACACUCGCUAACCGGCCUCCAUCCACAACACGGCACACAGAGAGAGGAAAGAGAGACUCGUCGGUACGCGAGGCGGAGUGUGUGGUGAGAGGUGGUGAGGCGGCUCAAACAGCGGCCCCGCUCGAUCAAAUAAGCGACCGCGCGCGCGACCGUCGAGCGGCCGUCAUCGUAUAGUGGUUGGUGUUGUUUCGCGCACUCGUCCACGUCGUACAACACGCGAGCGAGAGCCUGGGCUCUUUCCCUAUCGUCGGCUUUGCAUUCGCCGUGCCCUCCAUGGUGUUGGGGUAACAAUUACCCCUAUCUCUCCCGCGGGGGGUACUCACUUUCGCGCUCGUGCCCGCUCUUGUUCGCUUCGCGCGUCGAAUGCGCAUCUUCCCGUGAACAAACGGACUGUGCAUUGUGUUUUGGGAAGAAGAGAAACAAGAAGUGUGAACAAAAGUUUCCUGCAGUUGUCUCGUCCUCAUCGCUCCGCUGACACGCAGUGCGUGCCCUUCGUAGGUCCCCGUAGGUAAAGAUAUCCUCGUAAUUUUUCUCCUUGCGCAGAAAGAAAUCGCGCAUUCUCGCGGUUGUGACACAGAAGAGUUCCGUUCGAUACAGUGCCGUUCAGUGCAUUGUUGCUCUGAGGAAGAAUAUCUGGUGAAGUUCUUCUAUUUGGUGAAGUUCGUUCUUUGAGUGCGACGUAAUUCUCUCAGGCAGCCCCCCCGUGCAGAAUCGCAUCUCCGUGCGUAUUCCGUGCAUACGACUCGCGAGGCUCACACUCCUCUUGUGACUUAUUGUGACUCGACAGCGACAGAAGAAGAGACUGAUCUGACAACAGGGCCUCUCGAUUGUAGCGAGCUGAACGCGCGAACUGACUUCGGAUUCAUCCGGUGGGAAAAUUAAGGGAAUACCCGACUGCCAGCAGCCGUGGUACCGCGGAUUUCAUGAUUCGCGUUUGACAGCGACGACGCGACAGCAGGCCACCUCGGCACCGGUGAGCUCUAUGACCAUGCUUCAGUCGCAAAAGCUAUAUAGUGAUGCGGGUGCCAUGACCAGCGCCGCGAUGUCCAGUAUGGGCAGCAUGGGCCCCACAUACAGCUCGAUAAACUCGAUGGGCUGCGUGCCGAUGGGCAUGUCGAUGGGGGUCGGCGUCGGGCCCAGCUGCAGUCCUCAGGGCACCGGCGGCUUUAACAUGAGCACCAUGAGCUCGGCGAUGGGAAUGGCGUCGAUGGGAGGCGGUGGUAUGAGCGGUUACAGCGGCGCUUCAAUGGGCGCCGGCGGCGCCUGUAUGAGCGCCGUCGGAUACGGUCCGCUGACUCCCGGCGGGGGCACCGGCGUCAGCCGCGAUCCCCUCGCUCUGACGGAACCGGACUCACCGAAUUCGGCACUCCAGCGUGCCCGCAGUGAUAAGUCCUACCGACGUAGUUACACUCAUGCGAAGCCGCCGUACUCUUACAUCAGCUUGAUCACCAUGGCGAUACAGAACGCGCCCCACAAGAUGUUGACUCUCUCGGAGAUCUAUCAGUUCAUCAUGGACCUAUUCCCGUUUUACAGACAGAAUCAGCAGCGCUGGCAAAAUUCUAUCAGGCAUUCCCUGAGCUUUAACGAUUGCUUUGUCAAGGUGCCGCGUACACCGGACAAACCCGGUAAAGGAUCAUUUUGGACGCUACACCCUGACAGCGGCAAUAUGUUUGAAAAUGGUUGCUAUUUACGACGUCAGAAAAGGUUCAAGGACGAGAAGAAGGAGUUGACUAGACAGACCAGCAAACAUCAGCAACAUCAACAGCAUCAGACGGCUGCGGUGGCAGUGGCGUCUGGCGCGACCAUUGCCGGUCAGCACAGUCCACCCACUCACGAGGUCGCGCCUGGCUCUAAGAAGACCGGAUCGUCCAUUCACCAUGGUGGUCCCCAGCAGCAAGACGACAAGGACUUGCACUCGCUGGUGUCCUCGCAUCAUCAUCAUCAUACGAGUCUGCAUCAGCAUCAUGCCGCUUUGAAGAGCGACACUACGGACAUUGGCGGCCUUCUCGGGCCUGAUCUCAGCGCCGCGCACGACGAGCUCACCGCAAUGGUCAGUCGCGGCAUCCACCCGCAACUGUUGACCGAUACAAGUCUGCACCACGGCAUGACGGGCAGUCUGAAGCAAGAACCGCUUUAUGGAACAGCGGCCAAUCAUCCAUUUAGCAUCAACAGGUUAUUGCCGCGCGACACGGCCGGCACUUCUCCUGGCGCUCAGGACACCAAGCCGCCCGAGAUGAAGAUGUACGAGCAGUUGCAUCAGAGCUACGCCAACUUUGGCUCGCCGCAUCAUCCGCACGCGCAUUCGGCGCCGCCCAGUCAUCAUCAUCACAACGGCAUGCACGUCGGCACGAACGCCGCUGGGCCAAUGCACAUGACGAAUCAUCAUCAUCAGGAGUACUACCAGAGUCCUCUUUAUCAUCACGCAACGAGCGUGGCCACCACAAGCGCUCCUCCGCCGCCCGCCGUCGCCACCGCGGCGCCGGGCUUGUGACAUCACGCUACCCACCCUUACGCUUUGGCCUGAGUCGCUGCCGCCGCGGCUUACGUCGCGACCGCUGCCGCGCCGAUACCAUCCCCGAUGCCGGAUCUACCCGCGAUCACGGCGUCAACGACGAACGCUGCGCCGACGUCGCCUGCAACCUCGUCAACUUUUUCGUCGUCGCCGCGAGCACAGCCACGUCGACGUACAGCGCGUCGUCCCGACAGCAACGAUGACGACGUCGUCGACGCCGUCGUUUGCUGGCCACCCGACGACGACGACGAGUACGACGACGAGAACGAGGACGAGGAAGAGGAGAACGUCGUCUACAGACGGUAAACAUCGCGAGGUUGCCGAGAGGUAGGCUUCGGGGUAUUUCGUUCCACUGAGAAUUACGGUUCAUCGUCGCGAGGAUCGAUUUUUUUUUUUUUUUCUUUUGUGUUACCGCGUGCGAUAUCGGGCAAACGCAAAUAUUUUUCUACAAAAUAUUUUUUCUUAUUAAUUGCAAUAUCGCUGUUACAUGUAAAAUACAUGUAACGUAACGUUAUUAUUUUGACAAAUUAUGCAAAUUGUUUGUCAGAAUCUUAAAAUAUUCUGUUAAAAUAUUCUUCUUUCUGAGAAGCGUUUUUACAUUUAGUUUACUUUAUAUUAUACUUUGGUCUACUUAUUCUCAUUAUACGUAUUCUUUCGUUUAUAGAGCGACUGUUUUCAAUAGUCAUUGUUACAUUAAUUACAACUCGAAUAAACCCUCGUAUUAAAUUACAGUAACGGUAACAAAAGUUUAAGAGAUGAAAAGAAACAGAAUAAUCAAUUUAUUGCUUUGAUUAUUGUAAAAAAGAAAGAAAAAUAGAAGAUUAUAUUUACAUUACGUUUUAACUGACGAAUAUUGAUUCCUCACAUAAAAAUUAAUUUCUUUACAUAAAUAUGCAGAUAUACAUAAAUAUGCAAGAGAAAGUAAAUGUAUAUGUAUUUAUAUUUCUAUUUUAUAUAAGUUUAUAUUUUUAUACAUUUAUAUUGUUAUUGAAUAAAAUUAUAUAUCAAAUAAGAUUUAUUAUACUUCCAGUUGAUCAUUUUUAUUGCGUUUUCUAAGAAACUACUUUUGAAAUAUGUAUUUAAUAAUAAAAGAGAAUACAGUGGAGCCUUCCAUGUCCGAAAUAAUAGGGAGACAAAAUUGUUCGGAUACGGAAAUGUUCGAAUAAUAGAAUAAAGACAUUUUUAUAUUAAAUUCUAUGCAAGUAUUCAAACAGAUACUUAAAUUUUUAACAAAAAGAACUUCAUAUAUGUAUUGUAUACUUAAACAGUUACUUAUAAACAUUAUUACAAAACGCUGUUCGGAUAAUGGCACAUUCGAAUAGUAGAAUGUUCGGAUAUUAGAGUAUUCGGAUAAUGAAACUUCAGAUAUGGAAGGCUCUACUGUAUGUGAAUCGCGAAUUCAAGUAAAUAUUUGUAGUAAUAGGAACAAUGUUCACAUUCUUAGAUAUACCCGAAACUUUAAGGAGGUCACAUAUAUGCGUGUAUUAUGCUGAGAAUGAGAAGAAAGCAGAUAGGGAUAUAAUAAUAUUUACAUGCGUGCGAUCUAUUACACUUGUACUUACUCUUAAACUUAUGUCCGUUACUGUAUGUUGUCACUUAAACUGACAAUGACUUCGUUUCAAGUACAAUUGCAAACAACAGUUGUGAUAAAGGAGAUUAAAAUCCACUUUAGACGACAUCUUUAAUUCGCGUGAGAGAGUUCUAUUCAUAAUUUUUUGACAUACAAUACGUUAGAGAACGUUAGAGAGCUUACACGACGGCACACAAGAUUGUGAAUAAAAUUCAAUGUUUUACUUCUAGCUCUGAAAAUUUGAUUGUUUCUUAUCUUUGUUUCAUUUCAACCGUUGAAUUCCACUUUGAAUUGCUUGUGGAAGUAGGUGUUCCGGAGAAGUAUUUGAAUGACUGAAUCAUCUUGCAUUUCGUUUUCCCGCGUUUAUUAUAGCCGAACAGUUUGAUAAAAUUGUAUGGAUUUCAUUGUAUCGCAUGAGACUUUUUCAUGAUAUGCUCGAGUGAUCAACAUAUUGUUAUGCGAUAGCUGCAAUGCUCAUCUCGUCGGUAUGCUCUGUUUCUUACACACUAUUACAUCGAGACAUUACGCAAUAAUCUGGCAUAUACUUGAGUAUUUACAGACUGAGUAUUUAUGGAUCAUCAUCUUUGAGUCAAAUUUGCAAUAUAUGAUCUUGUAACAACAAAAUUAAUAGAGAAAGGAAGCACAAAAAUGGAAAGAAGCGCACCAAAGAAGAUAUCUUAUAAAAUCGCAUUAAUUAAAAUCUUAUUGCGCUUUAGUUUUGACUUCAUUAUUCUUUAUCUAUUACAAACGUCUAAAGCUUCAAAAUUCAUAAUUGUUUCGUUUUGUUUUUUAGAUAUGCGCACUUUCUUAUUUCUCAUAAACAAUUUUAUUACAAUUUUUUUAUAUAGAAUUAUUUAUAUAUAAAAUUAUUUUGUCAACGAGAUUAUACAUGUGUAUCUCUAAUGUAUUAUAUAUAUAUAUGAAUCAUUUGUAUUAAAUUAAUGAUGGCAGUUCAUAAGAUAAUAAAAAACACGAAGUGAAAAGAAACAAAGUACCAAUAUUUCAAUUAACAUGAUAUAAUCAAUAACUUGCAAUGUAAACGCUAAUAUUUUGUGUUGUCGGAAUUAGAAUGCAAACUAAAACAAAUUUUUUGAGCUAACGUUGAAUUUCUUCUUCGUAAUCUUUUAUAGAUAUUCCAAGUUUACAAUCAUUAGUUCAUUUUUGUUAUAAACGAUAAAUGAACUUUACUAGAAGAUAGUUUUUGAAAUAUACUCCUCUAAAUUGGAAUCAGUGUAUUAUUCACUGAUUUGAAAUGUUAUAUUUAUAACUAUCAUUAUCAGUGACUAUUCACCAUUUUUCAGUGAGUCCGAUUAAGAGGAAGAUAUUCUUACUAAUCAAAAGUAGUAUAUUAUCACUGGAAGACAGUGUAUAUAUCACUGAUUGAAUUGUAGAUUGAUAUAAGUAUAACAUCAGUGGAAUCAGUAAAAUUCCACUGAUUCCAAUUUAGAGAGUAAAAUGUAAAAUAUUAAACAUGUAAAUCCAGCAUCACUUAUUGCCAGUGAUAUUUAGAAACUCUCAUAAAAACACAACAUUUCAAUUAAAAAGUAUAUAUACUUUUAUACUAAGCUCUAUGUCUACAAAUCAUCUAUUUUUUUUAACAAUUAUUAAUACAAUUCACUAGCGUUAACGUUUCAUUAUUAGUUGUCGUUUGCUGUCUCUUACCACGAAAAAUAAAGAUAUUUUAAGUCUCAGUAAGUCGUGUAAUUGAUGAAGAUUAUUAUCAAUUAUCAGCUACAAAUUUGCUUUUAUUGUACAAUUUUAUAAAUUUAUCGCACGAGAUCAUCACGUCGGCAUAUCGUUUUUAAAACAAAUAUUUUAUUUAACACACGUGCUACAUUGAAGGUUUCUUCAAAAUUAUUAUUUAUGUUGAUUUUAACAAUAUGUUUAUUAAAUUAAUCAAUAAUUUCGACUUUUUGCUAUUACUCUGUAAUUAUUUUCACAUUUAUUCGCGUAUAACGUAUAACAUGCAGAUUAUUGAAGAUAUCUAGUUCUUAUCGCGAGGUGUAACAAAAUUAUAAAAUAAAAUAAUUCUUUUUUAAAGAAUAAGAUGAUAAGUUCGGUUUAUCGUCUUGUGAAAAUCUCACAUGUGAUGCCGGUACUCCAUUAGAUCAUCUGCCGUCAAUCCAUCAGAUCUGUCUUAUAUUCAUUUUUUCUCAAUUUCACAUUUUAAAUACAAUUUUAAAUGAUCAAAUUAGACGAGGUACUCCGCACGAGAGAAUAAUAAAAUAUUAAACAAUGCUUUCCACCCCGAUAUGUAUACCUAACUCUGGCGCACAUGUCGUAUCUAAUAAUAAGAGAAUCGCUUAAGGGUAAUCAAAAAUCGCGAGCGAUUCGUUGCAAUGGUCAUUACGAUUGCACGAGCCCCGCGGCGAUGAACCGAUCGGUACUUUAGAAUCCUCGAUUAAUAUCAAAGGCGAGCGCGCCCUGUUGUGAGGGGCGCGUUGUUGCGGCAAGGGAGCGGCGUAAGCUUCGAAAAGCAGCUCCAGCGAAAAAGUGAGAGCGGUGUCGGAUGAGCAAAACUUGUGAUACUAUACGUGAAAAUAAAUAUAAAUUAAUGAACGUACGCGUCGCGCAACGCGCGAGAGAGAAGAGGGCACGUAUAAAUAAAAAAAAAAUAUAUAUAUAUACACAUAUAUAUUUAUAUAUAUGUAUAUAUACAUAUAUAUUAUAUAUUAUAUUCGAGCACCCUGCGUGUGGCCGCGUGGUCUACGCGUUUUACGCAUCCCCAGUGCCCAUCGUGUGUGCACACACGGGCGUGCAUUCACAGGAGGUAUACGAACGCGCGUGUGCAUCGUAAGCUGAUAAAUAAUAGUUAAUUCUCGUUUGAGAGCGGAGAGAAAACGCCCCGCGUUUUUUUGUAUAAUAUCUGUAGAUACCCGUAUAUAUCGUAAUGCGCAUGAUGUACAAUAUUACAUGUUAAAGAGAGGUAUAUAUAUACAUAUGAUUAUGUAUAGGUAUAUAUAAAUGGAAUCUUUAUCAAUACACUAUAUUGAGCCCACUUUAGGCGAUCUUAAUAGGUGACGAAGUUCGAGGCAGGAUUCCUUUAUUACGAUUGCAUUUAAUGUGCCGUGAGUUCCGAUAUGCAUUCUGUACACGUGUAUAUUUUGACCCUUCAAACAUAUUUUCCGUAUUGCACGGCACAAAAAGUCUCGUCCUGAAUUCUGUCACAAGAUAUAGGUCGCUUAAAGAGCGCUUUAAGUAUAUACAUACAAUAGAGCAUAAGGGAGUGAAUGAGAGAAAUGACGGGAGAGAGCGAAUAAAAGAAAAAGAGAGAAAGAGAGGAAAAGCGAGCUAGGCAAACGUGAUAUUUCGCAUUACGUAUUUCGAAAGCAUACUUUUAUGCUGUUGCACACGUAUUCACAUUGUGCUGGGCGAUGACGGACUCAUUAGAUUUUCUACUUUCCCACGUAAGGAUUCAUUUAGUUUUGUGUGUUUUUGUAAUCAUUCCCGAAAGUAUACUGCAAUCUAAAGUUGAAUAAUUUUGGCCAGAUGAAGUUGUAUUAAUUUUUGAUAUUCCGCGAAUCGAAUAUCUUGGAUGAACAUACAAUCCUAGAGCAAAAUAUUAUAAUAAUGCAACUUGUUUACCUACAUUAGAAAACGAUUGAAACGCCGCUAGAUCAGUGAUCAUACAUUUCAUCGGCCAAUUGACUUGAGAAAUUUUCUACGCGAUAAGUAAUAAACAAAAUUGAUUUUAACUACGGAAAUCGCACGUUUAUCGCCGGUCCGACGUAUGUCGGCAUAAUUUUUAUUAGCGAUCACUGUUCUAUUACGUCAGUAUUGCAAAAAUACGCAAAUCAAUUGCUUCCUCACACAAGAUAUAACAGCUGAAGUUAAACCUGCGCAAAUACGAGCGACAAAGAAUUCGCUCGUAACGUUGAACAUACGAGCGUCAUAUGUCGGUGCAAUUUCUGCAAGUGCAAGUCAACAUUCGAGUACAAAGGGGCUGAGCCAAGUCGAGCGGUUUAAGUUGCACGAAUUGUCGAAAACAGAAAAAAAACGUCCAUAAUUAAAACGACACGGCAGCACAAGCGAGCGUGUGUGACAGGAAUCUUGCGACGACUUUAUGCGGAACGGCGCAUUUUAUUGGUCACGUAAUUCGUUAGGAGGACAUUUGCAGCGCUACUUCAGCCUAUGAAUAUGAAAUUCACGAAAGCUUUUACCGUCGUCAUCGUCUUACUAAUAUUUCUAUUGAAGAGAGAAAGUGAAAUCUUGUCCGCUUUCAUUGGCGGAUCAUUGAAAAUCGAAUGUCGCUUUGGAAAUUUAGAUAAUGGCUCGCAAUUACGCUGAUUUUCUUAUAUCCUUCUUAUGCGCUGCUAUCUAACUUUCUUUUACAAAUUUUUGUUAAGUCCGCCGAUACAGAUACUGCUUAGAUGUAGGCGGUGCAAGAUAAAAAAUAAUGUGUUCUUAAAAUUGAGCAGUUGCUACACGGAAAGAGAAGUCUGCUAAAGUAUUAAAAAAUUUUGCUAGCUAUGAAUUUAAAAUAAUUUUUUUUUAUUAGGUUAUUAAAAUAAUUAUGUGGGAAAGUUGGUUGCUGGAAUAUUUCAAAUUUUUUUUUUGCAGCAUUGUUUUUAUCAUGCUUAAACAUCCUAUAUAAUUAUUUUAAUGGUCCAACAAAAUUAUUUUCAGCCCCUAUAGUUAGCUAAAUUUGUAGUAUUUUAAAAAAACUUUCAGUAUACAUGUAUUUAAGAUGCGUCUGUAACGAAACGUUGACUUCCGUCAUUGUUGGCAAAAGCAAUGAGAUUAGAACAAGAAAUAUUCUAAUAAUACAAAAAUUAGAAAAUUUCUAACACAACCGAAAAUUGAUGAUGGAUGCUUUUGAAAUACGCAACAACCCAUGUAAAUCUGUAAAUAGCGAAUUGCGCGUCACGAAAGAUCGCUAAUUAUUGUUAUCAUCAUUAUAUUACUGCCGUCGUUGCGGUUACAUUUCGCGAAUCUAUUAAGUUAAUUCCCUGCUCUAUUUUUUGGUUUUAUUCUUUAUUAAAUGCCAAAAUUUUGUAUUAUCAUAUAUAUGAUAUUUAGAAAAAAAGUUAUUACCUUUUCUUAAAAUUAAUAUUUUUUUCUUCUUUUAUAAAUAUCAAAUGAUUUCGUGAGAAAGUCACCAAAAAGAAAAACAGAAAAUGAAUCGAAUCUAAAUUUACCGAAUUCUCUUCGCUAACAAUGUUUUUGCGCAUAAGAAUCUGGGUUCGAUUGUAAUAAAAAACAAUGGCAACACAUUCGCACGAGAAUGUUCCAAGUACACGUAAUAAGAUUAAAAAUUUUUGAAAAUAAUGUGAGUUGAAUCUCUCUAACAAGGACAUCCAGAUCUCCAUAUGAUUUGGUGACGUACUAAAAAUGUGGGAAAAAAUUUUUUUAUAGAAACGUUACGAUCGAUCCCAGGCUCUCUUGCUGUUGAGAGUGCGUCGAUCGAAGUGUCGAACGAGAGUGAGAAAGGAGGAAGUGAAUCCUGCAAAGGGGACCUCUCAAGGUAGGACAGCGCAUGAAAUGUUAAUCUCGAAAUUAUGAAAUCUCAUGUUUAACACACUUUUAACUGUCCUUUGGGUCGUUUCGCCGACUUUCUGAAUGAGUGAAAGAGAGAAAGACAGAGUCUUUUAUUCAUUUGUUCAAUAACUUCAGGCUUCGGUCAUACAGAUACGCGAGAAUGAUGAUCUCUGUAUUUAUCCGCGCGUGAUAGGUUUUUAAAAUUUUUUUGAAAAUUUUAUUAUAAAUUGUCAUUCUCGAUUGAACCUGUCCAUGUCUGAUAAAUAUACGUCACGCAAAUCUCGAGAGAUCAAAUGACAAAAGCGAGUGAAUGGUCAAGUGAAAGACAUAGAUGUGAAAGGAAAAAAAAUGCUGAGAAAAAAAGAGAGCCAGAGGGAUACAUUGUAUGUGUAUGUGACAGAGUGAAAAGAACGAUGAGAAAGCUGUAAAUGUUUCAAUAAAUUUACGUAUUUCUACGAAAACUGAA